AUGGACAUUACGGUGAGAACGGACCUGGCUUGGUUUGAACUGUUAAAACCUUCAGAGUGUGAGAUCGGUCGUCUGUGCACACGUAUUAUCGUCUCCAGAAGCAACAGUGAGAACUCCGCACAAACACGUCCACGGCCGCCGCCACGCACCGAGCGCAUCAGCAGCAGCCGGCAGUGCACGUGCCCAGACGCGGUAGACGCUGUCAGAACAAUAAGUACAGACAGCACUCCCCCCACUCCCCCCCUGCCUCUCCACCGUCUAACAAGCCGCGCUGUACAGUUUUAUUUACACCGGCCCCUUAUCAGCACCAUGGCAGCACACAGCUUGCCAAUUGAAGAGGACAGGCAGAAAAGGGAGAGCGGAGACGGGGGAAAAAAAGCAGAAGGGGACGCAUGGAGCAGAACUGCCUGUACCCGGCAUUGCGUGGAGGAGGUGUCGAGCCCCCUCCUCCCCCUCCCUCACCCGUCAGCCAGCCAGGACCUCGCCGGCGAAGUUAUCAAGGCAGUCUGGGCCCCGAGCCAGCUGCUGUAG